GUGAUACAGAAAGCAGACCUGCGGAAGGUUGAAGGUCCAUUUCUCGGGGCAGGAAAAUCGGUUUAGCUCUUGAGCCGUCUUCCAUGGCUUACGAGAGAUUUGGGCUUCCUAGCGGCCAAUGCGGCUCCAACUCUGCCUAUUCUCUAAACCCUUUGCCAUGCCAGAUUCUCAGUUCUUGAUGUAAUUUCACUGUUCUUCACCCAAUCCACAUUUGGCUUCUCUGUUUCUUCAAGCAAUUUCCUCUCUCUCUCUCUCUCUCUCUCUCAUUCCAUAACAAUGUUUAUAUUUCCUUUUUGGUCUCUAAACCAAAUGUCUAAGAAACCCUUGUUCUUCCAACAACCUACCUCCCGACGUCCCAACCAUUUGGGUCUCGUAGCUCUUCAAAUUCAAUCAGCAUUGUUCUCUCCCAAACGGGACACCCAAAAUCCAUUUCGGUUUUUGCUUGUCUCAUCACUUCAAUACUCCGAUUUGGGCUCUUGAGGCCGGCAAUGAUGAAGCUCUGGCUUUGGGUUUUCACUAUUUCUCUGGUUUCCAGGAUUGGCGCUGUUCCCAAUGCCGUCCCCACCGAACGAAUUUCAGGUUUACCAUUGUUCUUCUAAGCUUUUUAUUUAACUUCUGAUGGUUGUGGAUUGGGCUGCUCUGUUUCUCUAUUGUUUUCUUGAUCCUCAUUUCUGAUGCGUAUUGGGUUUAUUCUUGAAUUUCUCUUUUUCCAACGAGUGUUCCUACUUUUUAGUACCUAAUUAUGCUUUGUUUUGGGGGUAUUUGAGUUUAUUUGAAUCAGAUUCUGGUCUAGUCAGUGAUUACAUUGAACCUUUGAAAUUAAAAUGAUAAUGAACAUUACAUUACACGCCCCCUGUUGAUGAUUGAUGAUGGUUGAUUGUUGGGAGGAAGUUCACAUUGACUAAUUUAGGAGAUGAUCAUGAGUUUAUAGGUAAGAAAUACAUCUCCAUAUUGGUAUGAGACCUUUUGGGAGCCCAAAGAAAAGCUAAGAGAGUCUAUGCUCAAAGUGGACAAUAUCAUAUCAUUGUAGAGAGUUGUGAUUCCUAACCGCCCCCACUGGCAGAGCUAGAAUUGAUCCGUAGGUGUUUGGGUAUGGAUGCAGGGAGUGCUGGAGAUGUGUUAGAAGACAACCCAAUUGGAAGGUUGAAAGUGUAUGUUUAUGAUCUUCCAAGCAAAUACAAUAAGAAGAUUCUUCAAAAGGAUCAAAGAUGUCUAACCCAUAUGUUUGCUGCUGAGAUAUACAUGCAUAGGUUCCUGUUAAACAGUCCUGUCAGAACUCUCAACCCUGAUGAAGCGGAUUGGUUUUAUACUCCGAUCUAUGUCACUUGUGACCUCACCCCCAAUGGCUUGCCAUUGCCCUUCAAAUCCCCACGAAUGAUGCGAAGCGCCAUUCAGCUUAUCUCUUCUAACUGGCCUUACUGGAAUAGAACUGAGGGUGCUGAUCACUUCUUUGUUGUGCCUCAUGACUUUGGAGCUUGCUUUCAUUAUCAGGAAGAGAAGGCUAUUGAUCGUGGAAUUCUUCCCUUACUUCAGCGUGCAACUUUGGUUCAAACUUUUGGACAAAAGCAUCAUGUUUGCUCGAAUGAAGGUUCCAUCACUAUUCCUCCAUAUUGUCCUCCCCAGAAAAUGAAAUCCCAUCUGAUCCCCCUCGAAACUCCUCGUUCUAUCUUCGUCUAUUUCCGGGGAUUGUUUUACGAUGUUAACAAUGACCCAGAAGGUGGUUAUUAUGCAAGAGGUGCAAGAGCAGCAGUGUGGGAGAACUUUAAAAACAAUGCCCUCUUCGACAUCUCUACCAAUCAUCCUACAACUUAUUAUGAAGAUAUGCAGCGAGCGAUAUUCUGUUUAUGUCCUCUCGGGUGGGCGCCAUGGAGUCCGAGGCUGGUGGAGGCAGUGGUGUUCGGUUGCAUCCCUGUUAUCAUAGCUGAUGACAUUGUCUUACCUUUUGCUGAUGCUAUUCCCUGGGAAGAAAUUGGCGUGUUUGUAGACGAAAAAGAUGUCCCCAACCUCGACACGAUCCUCACAUCCAUACUGCCUCAUGUGAUAUUAAGGAAGCAAAGACUGCUGGCAAAUCCAUCUAUGAAACGAGCUAUGAUGUUCCCUCAACCAGCUCAAUCAGGCGAUGCUUUCCAUCAGAUUCUGAAUGGGUUGGCUCGAAAGUUGGUGCAGGAUGGGAGAAUUUACUUGAAGCCAGGUGAGAGGAUUUUGAACUGGACUGCAGGGCGGCCUGUGGGGGACCUGAAGCCUUGGUAGGUAAGCUCACGGAGAGUAAGUCAGUCAACUCAAAGUCGGGUUCGGGCUGCCAGUGGCACAAAUGGUGUAUGAUUUAGCCUUCGCCUCGUUCUUAUAAAAUCGUAAUUUUGAAAUGUGGUAUAGCUGUCAACAAUAACCCUGAUUUUUUUUUUUUC